GGCCCUGCAAUCUGAAACAUGAAAGGCCUUUGAUCAGAUAGUGGCCCGGGGGGCCUGCUUGGCCCCUGCAGGCAGAAAGAAACUUGCAGAGUGCAAGUUCUCUCUCAUCUUCCCCAGAAGCCCAUUCACAGUCUCUUCCUUUGGUCACUGUCUUGAUGGGCCCUGCUGUUCCUCCGGGACAAUCCCCAGGCCUCUCCACAAGCCCUGCAGCCUGCCUGCCCUGGGUGGUGUGUUUGGGUGCACACAGGGUGCCUACAGCCGACCAGCUGCCCUCUCUGGCCAGGCUCCUUUCUGCUCUUCUGAUUCUCCAAGGCCAGGCUCUUUCCUGAAACUCCAGAAAGUGUGUCUUCACUUCAGAAGACCCAAAGAUGUGGCUUCCCGUAAAGUGCCUCACCAAGUCUGAGUGAGGGGGCGGAGAAUGAGGGGUCAGGGUGGGCAAGAAGAGGGGACAGGGGACAGGGAAAGCGACACACAGGAACUGAGAGACAGAGACAGGAGUGAAAGAGAGCUGAGAGAAGCAGAAACACACAGGAGGUGAGCAAGAGGGGACAGAGAAGUAGAAAGAGAUAGAAACAAACUCAGAGAGAGAAAGAAGGAAGGGAAGGAGAGGUGUCCAGAACAGUGCUUUGAAAAGACAGAAUCCAGAGAAGGGGGAGGAAGAGAAGGUAAAGAAUUUGGCAGCAAGGAGGGAAGGAGAGAAGGAGAUGCAGAGAGGACAUUAAGAAUGAAAGAAGGGGAGGAAAGGGGAGAGACAAAUGAGGAGAAAACGGGAAGAGAGACAGAAUGAAGGAGAAACUAGGCGAACCAGGUGAGGAGGAGAAAGGAGAGAGAUAAGGGGUCGAGGGGAACUGGGAAGAGAGAGAAGGAAGAGGGGCACCCUGGGCACUGCGGACAUCAGCUACAGCACCGGUCUGAGCACGCGCAGUGGGCCUGGCCGGGAGGCCCCCUCUCCUUUGCUCUCAGAGCUGUUGGAGGAGGGGCGGGUCUGCAGCAGGUGGCCGCCCCUGGGUGGGGCCCACAGGCCAAGCCUGCAGGGGUAUAAGUGGGAGGCUGGGCCAGCAGAGCACCUGUCAGGGACAGCUCCCCUGUGCAGGUGCCAGGCAGGUGGCUCCGGCCGAGCCCAGCCCCAGCAUGAGCUCCUUCGACCUCCCGGCGCCCUCCCCACCUCGCUGCAGCCCCCAGUUCCCCAGCAUCGGCCAGGAGCCCCCCGAGAUGAGCCUUUACUAUGAGAACUUCUUCCAUCCACAGGGCGUGCCCAGCCCUCAGCGGCCCCCCUCCUUCGAGGGGGGCGGCGAGUACGGGGCCACCCCCAACCCCUACCUCUGGCUCAAUGGACCGGCCAUGACUCCGCCACCUUACCUGUCGGGCACCAACACCAGCCCCUUCCUGCCCCAGGCCUACGGUGUGCAGAGGCAGCUGCUGCCAGGCAUGUCUGGGCUGGGGGGCGGCGACCUGGGCUGGCUGCCCAUCCCCUCGCAGGAGGAGCUGAUGAAGCUGGUGCGGCCCCCCUAUUCCUACUCGGCUCUCAUUGCCAUGGCCAUCCACGGGGCGCCCGACAAGCGUCUCACCCUCAGCCAGAUCUACCAGUACGUGGCCGACAACUUCCCCUUCUACAACAAAAGCAAGGCCGGCUGGCAGAACUCCAUCCGCCACAACCUGUCUCUCAACGACUGCUUCAAGAAGGUGCCCCGCGAUGAGGACGACCCAGGCAAAGGGAAUUACUGGACCCUGGAUCCCAACUGUGAGAAGAUGUUCGAUAACGGAAACUUCCGCAGGAAGAGGAAGAGAAAAUCAGAUGUCUCCUCCAGCACGGGAUCCUUGGCUUCGGAGAAAACAGAGAGCAGCCUCCUGGCGGGCAGCCCGAAGACCGCAGAGGCCCAGGACAUCUUGGACAGUGCGUCACCAGGCACCACGAGCUCCCCAGAGAAGCAGUCCUCACCUCCCCCGUCGGGUACCCCAUGCCUCAACAACUUCCUCUCCACCAUGACAGCCUAUGUGAGUGGUUCGAGCCCGGUGAGCCGCCCUGUGGCAACACCAGGACUGAGCCCUGAGCCCGCUGACAAGAUGGGGCAGAACUUGCUGAACUUCAGCUCCUACACCCCACUCACCAACCUCAGCAGCCAUGGGGCCGGGGGCGAAUGGGCCAACCCCAUGCCCACCAACGCUCUCGGCUAUGGAGGCUCUGUCCUCAACCAGUUCAGCCCUCAUUUCUACAACAGCAUCAACACAAACAGUGUCCUCUACCCCAGGGAGGGCACUGAGGUUUAGAACAGAACAGCUCCUGAACCACAUGGACAUGCAUGGGAGGAAAGCAGUUGAGGCCUCCCAUGCCAGCACCGCUGUGGUCCAAGACUCUCAACUACCCAGGGCAUACACAGGAAGCUCAGAGCAAUUCAUCCUUCCCCUAGAACAUUGUGUAAACCUUCUGUUUAUCUCACAUACGUCCACACACACUCACCAACUUUGCAGUGGAAAUACUGGUGCUCCUGAUAGCAGUAAUCAUGGCAGCCAUUUGUUGAGUACUUACUAUGUGCCAGGUGCUAUGCUAGGCUCUUUAAAGGCAUGAUCACACUUACUAUUUACAGUUACCCUGUGGGGUUCAAAUGAAUCUCCUCCUUUAACAGAUGAGGAUACUGAGGCUCUAGGAAGCUAAGUAACUUCACAGGAUUGUACAGAUUAGUAAGUGACAGAGUCAUGAGUUGAGUCUGGGUCUGUAUGACCCCCAGAGUUUGGGUGAACAAAGGCAGGAAUGGAACAAUUGGUUGAACAGUCAAGGCAGGUCAGUGUGUCAGCUGCUUAUAAGGCAAGCACAUCCACUGCCCUAUGGCUGUCCAUCAAAAUUUAGCCCUGGCCCCAGGCACAUCUCAUCUUGCUCCAAGGCCUUGUUCUGGGGCUCCCAACUUACCUGUAGGCACUUCUUUUGCUGCCAUUCAGGAGGAAAGCCCAAGCUCAUGCCCCUGAAGGAUAGUGUGUCCCACCUCUCCCCACAGGGGGACAUCACUUCCCCAGCCCCAGAGACCUUGAGCAGGGUAGGGAGAGGAGUCAUGUACUCCAUGCCCCCCACCCCAGCACUGUCCACUUACAAAAUCUUGUAAAGCCCAGCUUCCUGUGUUCAUGUCAUGGACCAGUGAGCUGAAAGUGGCUGAGUCUUCCAAGAGAAACAAGGCUGAAUGAGCACUUCCUUUUUUAUAGCCCGGGAGAGGUGAAUGUCUGAGGAAACAAAGCCUCAAGGGAGGGACCUAUAGCCCACUGCACAGGGGUCCAUGCCUGCAGCUCCUGGGACUUUUUUCUCAUUUUUAUAUGUAUUUACACGCCCGUGAUGUGUCAUCACAGCAUACCCUGGGAAGUGUUUUUGUUUUCUUAUUUUCUUUUUAAUUAAAACAAAAACAAAAAC